AAAAAUCUACAGUAUAUUAGUCAGCUGAUGAUACUCAAAGCUCAAUCAUCAAUGGCUGCCUCCUCUUCCAUUUUCUUAGUUUAUUUCUUGCUACCCUUAUUUUCCACAGCAACCCUCCACAGUACUUCUUCUCUUUAUAGAUCCCAACUCAUCACUCAGCAAGAAUCUUCACCCAAAAAUGCCACCCCCACAACAUUCUUUGAAGUCACAAAACCUAUAAAAUUACCCAAAACCAAACCUUUUUCACACCUAAUUCUUGAACAUGAUUUUGGUUCCACUUACAGAAAACCCCCAAUUCUUGCUAACUACACACCCCCUUUUAAUUGCCCAUCUCAGAAAUUUUCCAAAAUUGUGCUGGAAUGGAGAGCAACUUGUAAAGGUAGGCAAUUUGAUAGAAUUUUUGGUGUUUGGGUUAGUGGGGUUGAGAUAUUCAGAAGCUGCACUGCUGAACCAACUAAAAAUGGGAUCUUUUGGACUGUCAAGAAGGACAUUACUAGGUAUUCUUCUUUGCUUAUGAAAAAUCAAAUCUUUGCUGUUUAUUUAGGAAACAUUGUUGAUAGUACAUACACUGGUGUGUACCAUGUGGAAAUUUUUGUUCAUUUUUAUCCUGCUAAAGUGAGAUUGGGUGGAUUUGAUUCUGGGGCUGAUUUGAUUGUUCCCAUUUCAAGAAAUAUGCAUUUGAAUGAUGGGUUGUGGUUUGAGAUUGAAAAUUCAACAGAUGUACAGUCAAAGGAUUUCAAGAUUCCCCCAAAUGUGUAUAGGGCUGUAUUGGAAGUUUAUGUUUCAUUUCAUGAGAAUGAUGAGUUUUGGUAUGGGAAUCCACCUAAUGAGUAUAUAAGUUCGAAUAAUCUUAGUAUCGCGGGGAAUGGAGCUUUCAGGGAGGUGGUGGUUAGUUUGGAUGAAAUGGUAGUUGGUGUAGUUUGGCCUUUUACUGUGAUCUAUACUGGGGGUGUUAAUCCCCUCUUUUGGAGACCGAUUAGUGGAAUUGGAUCGUUUGAUCUUCCUUCUUAUGACAUUGAAAUUACCCCGUUGUUAGGAAAGAUUUUAGAUGGAAAUAGUCAUAAGAUUUCAUUUAGAGUCACGGAUGCUCUGAACGUGUGGUAUGUUGAUGCAAAUUUGCAUCUUUGGUUGGACGGGAAAAGAAUGAAAACGGAAGGGAAGUUGUUGAAAUACAGCUGCUUGCCCCUUUCUUUAUCGGUGCUGACCAAUUUUACAGGUUUUAAUGGAUCCUUUAUUACGAAUGCUAGUAGGUCCAUUACAUUGACCGGAAUGGUGAAGUCGUCUUAUGGAGCUAUCACUACUAAGUCGUCUCAAAGUUUAAGUUAUAGCAACCAUAUGGUAAUGGGAAAUGAAGGGAACUUGCAAAUAGUGGAUCAGAUAAUCGAAUUCAAUGAUACUGUUUAUGCCACGACGCCAUCUUCUUCUGUUCACUCGCUUGAGUCCUUCAAAAAGUAUCUGUUGAAGAUGUAUUCUGACAAUGUAGAUCAAGGAAACCAAAGCUAUACCUCGAUAUCAAACUUGACGUUGGGAUUAGAUGACAAGAGGGUAAAGGGUUCCAAGUAUGGAUCCUCAGUCAGCUCUGUGAAUAAUUUGCAAAACGCGCAGGGCUAUAUGAUUGUAAAGGGCCACUUAGUAGUCAAAGGACUUGGAAGUACCCAACAAGUAUAUAAACAUAACGAUGAUUCGUGCUGCUACUCCAGGAACAUAAGCAGCUCAAAUUACACAAUACUUUACGAUAAGGUAAGCAAUAGCUGCAGCAAUAGUACUUGGUCUCAUUGGCCUUUGAGGAUUGACAAAAGGCGGUCUCUUCCUGGUUGAAGAGUCCUUUUUGCAAUCUCAUCUUGACUCUUCCGAAUUCCACUUUCACUCAUUUGCUGCUAAAGCUACUUAUUAUUAUGAUGCAAAUGCACCACUGCAGUGUCUCUUGUAUUCUUGGACUUGUUAAUUUUGCUAAUCUAUGCUGUUUUGCUAAAUGAAUUGUCUCUGAAACUUGACUUUGCCUAUUUAUCUUUUGUUGUUACGUCUUUCUUCAAACACGAGAAAAUUUAGUAUUUUGUCUAAGUUUACAGGCCUACAAUCCUUGAGAAAUUUGUUAGAUCCAUUCUUUCUUGGUGGCUUCUUUUUGCUCCUGUUUCACCCCUCUACUGCCACUCUAUUGGUUUCGGGAGGGGGAGGAGGUUGAAGAUUUGUUCAAAAUGCAACUUCAUAGACGUUCUUUCUACAUAACGCUAUAUCUUCAUAAGAAGAACAUUGUUCAGCUUUCAAUGACUUUGGCAUAGCCAACAUAGUUGCAUUUGAAGUUUGGUAUUUUGUGAAAAGUAUACCAGGUUUCUCUUCCUAUUGGCUCAACGCGAAAUGUUUCUGGCUGAAGAAGCAACAAAAGUUAUAUUUUGAAACUUUAUCUUCUCCUUAGCUCAAAGCUUUAGUCCUGCCAAGGUAGGGAUAAGGUCUGUUUAUACUCUACCAUCCCGAGACCCCAUUUGUGGGACUAUACUGGGUAUGUCCGUCUUCUUGUUGUUGUUAGCUCGAAGCUGUCUUUUGAGGUAUUGUUGUAUGAACUUGAUAAAUCUUGAUCUAGUGGGAGCAAGUAUGAUCUUAUUUGAUUUGUAAUCCUAUAUUCCAAAUGGAAAGAUCAUUACUUGAUACUCUGA